AUACGUGUCACUCAUGGUCAUAACGUAUAAUAUAACAUAUAACAUACAUUUAAGACACUGUCAUAUAUUAUAGAUUGUGUAUUUUGAAUUAUAGACAACUAAAACUCACCCACAGCUACAACAACACCUCUAUCCACAGCAUAUCUAAGUUAUUGUUUAACUGCCACCAUCCACAACUAUAACUAUUACAACCAUGUCCUUACAAAAGCUUACUGCCGAGUUGUACCUGUCGUUUGAACGUGGAGACUACAGCCAAUGCCAAAACAUUUUGCCCCCAAUCAAGAUCGAGCUCAUCAAGCAUAACCUUCUUGUUCCCGUAGCCUCCAAUUCUCAAACCAAAGACCAGGUGAACGACUUGAAGAUUGCACAGAGGAUAUUGGAGAUUGGAGCUUUGCUGUCGCUUUUGUCCAAUAACUACCAGAGCUUUGAGAACUUCGUAGCCCAGUUGAAACCGUUCUAUGCCAACAUCCAAUUGCAUCCCAGCUCCAAGAAACAUGCAAACUCCGAUGCCACCAAGAUCAAGUCGUUGUAUCUCUUGUACUUGUUGUCCCAGGGAUUGAUUUCGAAGUUCCACACCGAGCUAGAAGUCAUUUACAACUCCAACCAUGACGACAUAGAAAACGACAAGUACUUGCAGUUCCCAAUUAACUUGGAGCGUAACUUGAUGGAGGGUAACUACAACAAGAUCUGGAAGUUAUUGAAAGAGGAUAAAAACUUACCCUGCCAGGAGUUUGCCCAUUUCAUCGACACCUUGAUCCAGGCGUUGAGAUUCGAGAUUGCCAAGUCAAUCGAAAAGACCUACGAGUCUAUCCCUAUAAACAACUGCAAGAACUUGUUGUACUUCCCGCAAGAACAGUCUGACGCUGUGUUCGAAAAAGAAUUACUGGAGGAAUUGGAAGUGGAAAACUGGAAGUUCGAAAAUGGCAUCAUCUACUUCGACAAGAACGAGACUGUAUUGAAUGCUGACAAUUCUAAUGUUAUCCACAACGUCUUGAACUAUGCCGAACAGAUCGACUCCAUUAUCUAGAUAAUACAUAUUCUGCAAAUG